GCUGAGCUGAGGGAAGCGUGCGGUCGCUCUGAACCCGGCCUGAAUUCGCAGCCCCCACCUGUGGGAUCAUCGCCCUCCCCAUCGCGCAGAGCAGGAGCUGAGCAUGGAGAGCAGGGAGGACAAAUGCCCACAGCAGAACCUGGUGGAAGAGGCCAUUUUGAGCAGCUCCACAGCACAGGAAGACAACGGGGAGGAAAAGGCCCAGAGAUGCCACACGAGGAGGAGCUGCAAACGCAGCUGGCCAGGAUCUGAGGGGGAAAGAGCCAGCCUGGGCCGGGAAGGCAGCUGGAGAUGGAGCCAGAGCUCAGAGCUUGUGCUCCAUGAGCAGCUCCAUGAUGGGGAGAAGCCCCACAUGUGCAUGGAGUGUGGGAAGAGCUUCAGCCUGAGGUCCAACCUGAUCAGGCACCAGAGGACCCAAACUGGGGAGAGGCCCUACGAGUGUGGGGAGUGUGGGAAGAGCUUCAGCCUGAGCUCUCACCUGAUCCACAACCAAAAGCUCCACACUGGGGAGAGGCCCUACGAGUGUUCCAAGUGUUCCAAGGGAAGGGGUUUCGGGUCAAGUCAGAUCUCCUCCAUCACUAUUGGAUUCACAGAGAGGAGAGGCCCUUCCAAUGUCCCAGCUGCGGGAAGGGAUUCAAGUACAACUCUGCCCUCGUCACCCACCGGCGCAUCCACACAGGGGAGAGGCCCUACGAGUGUCCCCAGUGUGGGAAGAGCUUCUCCAGCAGCUCUAACUUGACCCAACACCAAUGGAGGCACCGGUAAGGGAAGGCCUGCAAGUGCCCCGAGUGUGGGAAGAGCUUCGUGCGCUGCUCCAGCUCCAUCCCCCACUGGAGGAGGCACUUUGGGCACAGCCCUGGUCACUCAUAUUCCCUGUGAUCCAUGUUGGGAACACACCUGGCUCCUUCUCCUUUUGGUUUGGCUUACAUUUUUUUUCUCUUCUCCAUGUCUUUGCACUGCAAAAUCCAAGAGGGAUCAAUCUGUCACCUCCAAACCACUCAAAUCCCACUGAAAAUAACUGAAUUUUAACCCAAUAGGGCUCAAUCCCACCUCAAAUUGCUUGUUCCCGCCUCACAAAAACUCAGUCCCAUGCCAAACUCGCUCCCUUCCACAGCCACCAGGGUGAGUUGGGGUUGGGAGGUGGUUGGUAGAAGUGGGAUCCCAAUGUGGAGCAGUGGGAUGGGGAUUGUGUGAGGUGGCUGGGUGGGA